GUUGUCUUUGCGACAAUAUUUACGGCAAACAUUAGGAAGCCACUUUACGACUGUAUUGGUGGCGGAUUCAAAAUGGAGUAAAUGGUCGCAAUAGAGUUGUAAUUGAUUGAAUACAGUUUGGGAUUGCAGUAAACAACGCUGUGUGAAAUUUAGCUAGAACGAUCCAUGACCACGAGAAAAUACAUAUCUCUGUACAAUGACUGACGACAAGAAGACUGGGUCUUUAGGUUUCUUUUCGAGCUACGACGAUUUGAGCGACAGCAGCGACUCGGACGGGGAGGGGGACCACAGCCGGCGGAAUCCGAACCAGAAACCAGAGACAGUGGGAACGGGAAGUCAACCAAAUUCUUCCGAGCAAGGAAGCCAACGACAAGCCGGAGAAAAUCGUUUGCCUAAACCUGAUGAUCUCUUUAACUCCGUGUCCAAACCAGCGUUUCUCUACAAUCCUCUGAAUAAGGAGAUUGAUUGGGAUAACCUGACGGUUAAACCUCCCGAAGAGGCACCCAGGGAGUUUAAGCCAUGGCUGUCAAAUGCUGUGCCCCCUCCCCAAAGUUAUGCAGCAGAGCCAGAGAAGAAGAAGAAAGGCCCGCCUUUGGGGAUGGACAUGGCUAUAAAGUGGUCCAAUGUGUAUGAGGACAAUGGCGAAGAUGCGCCGAAGGCUCACAAAGGAAAAGCCCAGUUCCUUCCUCCAGAGGAGCAACAUGUUGACUCUGAUGAAGAGUCCAAGACCGCUUCUUCGUCAGCCAAAAAACGUCGGGUGGAGAGCUUCCAGCAAAAGGAGAAGAGGAAGCGGGACAUGGGACAAGCCACUUCUGACAAAAGUUUUGUUGAAGAGGAGAAAAGAAUCCUGAGACAGAAGACUGAGUGAAAACAGUAAAGAAAAUUAGCACAAGGGGCAUUUACUGUGGGUACAGAAAUUAUUUAGACCCUUACAUUUUUUUACUUUUUUUAUAAUGCAGCCAUUUUCUCAAAUCAUAAGGAUUGUUUUCCUCAAUAAUGUACACACAGCACCCUAUAUUGACCAGAAAAAAAUGAAUUGUUUAGUUUUAGCAGUUAUCAGAUUUAUUUUUUAAAAAUAUAGCCAUAAAUAUUCAGACCCUUUGCUCAGUAUUUAGAAGUAGCACACUUUUGAGGUAAUAGAGCCAAGAGUCUUUUUAGGAACAAUGCAACAACUUUUUUCCCACCUGGAUUUUGGGUUCCUCUGCCAUUUUUCCUUGCAGAUCCUCUCCAGUUCUGUCAGGGUGGAUGGUGAAUGUUGGUGGGCAGCCAUUUUCAGGCUUUCCAAAGAUGCUGAAUUGGUUGUAAGUCAGGGCUCUGUCUUGGCCAUUCAAGAACCAUCACAAAGUUGUUCUGAAGCCAUUCCUUCACUCUUCUAGCUUCAAGUCACCAUCUUGUUUGUCUGAAGUUCCGAGAACUCUGGAGAAGGUUUUCAUCGAGGAUAUCCCUGUACCUGGCUGCAUUCAUAGUUCCUUCAAUUGCAGCCAGUCAUCCUGUCCAUGGAGCUGAAAAGCACCCCCACAGCAUGAUGGUACCACCACCAAGCUUCGGCUUUGGGACUGGAUUGGACAAGUGACGAGCAGUGCCUGUUUUUUUUCAACACAUACCACUUAGAAUUAAGGCCAAAUAGUUCGAUCUUGGUUUCGUCACACCAGAGAAUCUUAUUUCUCACCAUCUUGUAAUCCUUUAGAUUUGUUUUUUUUUUAAUAGUGAUGAAAGUCCUCCAGAUUUUCAAAUUUUCAUGAAAAUUCCUCCAGAAGAUUGAGGGGAAAAAUUGCCUAAAAUUAAUCCGGAUAUUACUUGACAACAUUGAACGAGCACGCGUUUAAGUUCAUUGUUUUGCUUGGGGAACUUCUGCCCAAUUUUUUUUUUUUGGUCAGGACUUAGAAAUUUUACUUUCAAUUUUUGUCUGAAUGUUGCUCACAGAUACUGCCAGAAUGCACCGCAGCCAUCCAUUUUUUCAAAAAUUAUUCUCAAAUGUCCUGACUGCAUCUCUGGAGCUAAGCCGCAGUGAUCUUUGGGUUCUUUUUUACCUCUUUCACCAAGGCUCUUCUCCCCCGAUUGCUCAGAUUGGCCAGACAGCCAGCUCUAGAAAGGAUUCUAGUCAUCCCAAAAGUCUUCCAUUUAAGGAUUAUGGAUGCCACUGUUCUCUUAGGAACCUUAAGUGCAGCAGAAUUUAUUUAUUUAUUUUUUAAUUAAUCUUGGCCAGAUCUGCGCCUUGUCGCAAUUCUGUCUCCAAGUUCUUCAGGCAAUUCCUUUGACCUAUUGCUUUUCAUUUGUUCUGAGCUGUAAAGUCUUAUAUAGACAGGUAUGUGGCUUUCCUAAUCAAGUCCAAUUAGUAUGCUCAAACAGCUCGUCUCCAAUCAAGGGGUAGAACCAUCUCAAGGAUAAAGGAAGGGACAGCACCUGAGCUGUAGUGAGGGUCACAGCAAAGGGUCUGAAGAGUUAUGACUGUGUGAUAUUUAAGUUUUGUUUUCAAUAAAUCUGGAAAUAGUCAACAGUUGUUUUUUCGGUCAAUUUGGUGUGCCAUCUUCAUUAAUGAAGAAAAAUUGAACUUAAAUUAUUUCACCAAGCGGCAGAGUGGUGCAGCUGGAAAGCGUUGGCCUCACAGUUCUGAGGCCCAGGGUUAUCACGGCCCUACCUGUGUGGAGUUUGCAUGUUCUCCCCGUUCCUGCGUAGGUUUUCUCUGGGCACUCCCUUUUCUUCUCACAUCCCAAAAACAUGCAACAUUAAUUGGACACAAUAGAUUGCCUGUCCCUAUGUGCCCUGUGAUUGGCUGGCAACCAGUUCAGCGUGUACACUGCCUCCUGCCCGUUGCCAGCUGGGAUUGGCUCCAGCACUCCCGCGACCCCUGUGAAGAUAAGUGGCUAAGAAAAUGGAUGGAUGGAUUAUUUUUGCAAAUGGUUGCAUUACAACAUUGAUUCAUUCAUCUUUCUUUGCUUAUCCUCAUUCACUAGAGUGCUGGAGCCUAUCCCAGUUAUGUUUAGGUGAGAGGCGUGGUACACCCUGAGGUGGUCGCCAGCCAGUAUCAGGGCAAAGAGAAACAAACACCCAUUCACACUCACACUUACGGGCAAUAUAAACUCUUUAAUUAAUGCAUGUUUUUGGGAUGUGAAAGGAAACUCGAUUACCUGGACAAAACCCACACAAGCACAGGGAGAACAUGUCAACUCCACACAGACGAGGCUGGACUUGAACCCGGGUCCACAGAACUCUGAGGCAGAUGUACUUACCAGUUGGUCACUGUAUGGCCUUGCUCUAUAACAAAGAGUGACAAAUUUAAGGAGCUUUGAAUACUUUCCAUAUCGCCUGUAGAUUGAUGUCCUUUAUAAGAAUUGCACUGGACAGUGUAACUGAACAAAAGUGUUAGAUUAGUGAUGUAAUUUAUCCUGGUGUGUGUCUUUUAUAUUAGUUUUAUUUGUCUUCAUGCACAUAUGCUGCCCUCUAACAUCAUUUGGGUGCGCGCCACUAAUAUUCCUCUCCUGUUUCUAUUCACAAUGACUGGCUUUCUUGCCACAGUUUAUUUCACUCAGCUUUUUCAUCCCUGUUCUUUGUACCAAACAUGCAGUCAAGAUGAAAAAAAAUUACCAGACAAGGUGGGGUUUGUUUUUAUAGAGAAAUACAUUAGCAUUAAGUCAUUUUACUGCCACCAAAGCCAAAAAGGUGUGUGUCGCUCUUUUUAACACCAGGUGGCACCAUUACAUUGUCCAAAAAUCCACUGCCUUCGGACGAUUAUGUUGCUAUGAAAACUAUCCGACAGUGUUUACGCUAUAAAUUCAUGGUCUUCAUACUGUGUCUCAUCUUUGAUAUUUUUUUUUAACUCUGUUAGAAGGUAGUUAAUUUUUUUUUUCGAAAUUCAACAACCCGUGCUUUAAGAAGGUGAUGUGUAAACCAUUUACAGGCGAAUGUGAUUUUAGUGGUGUGCAGAUUUGUUCAGGGCCAGAUUUGCAAAAGCUGAUCCGUUUUGCUAAAGAGCGUGCAGCAUGGUGAUACAUUUUACUGAAUCUGUGAAAAAUAGAAUCAUAAACCUGAUUGCUGAA